UCGUUUCGGAAUUACAAAUGGCCUCCUUUUGAAAGGAAACGUCAAUAACAAUUAUGUAAAAUUGGCGUAAAAUCGAUAAACAAAAUGGAAAUCAGGUGUUGCAUGGUAGGAUGUGAUAAUGUUUCCUCAAAAGAUGAAAAUAACGGGAAUGAUGCGUUUUUUGUGUUCCCCAAGGAUUUUAAUCUGUGUAUGUUGUGGGUACAGAACUGUGGUCGUCCAGAAUAUUUUGAAGAUUUUGCAUUUGCCGGAGCUCAACCUUUUUUGAAUAGACAUAUAUGUUCCAAACAUUUUAGUGACAUUGACUUUAUUAAAAAAGAUCCAAAGCUAGGAAUUUUGCCAGGUUCAAUUCCCAAUUUAAACUUGGCUUUUCAAAGGGUUGAUGUAAAAGAAGAAAUUGUUGAUCCAGGGUAUUCAGAAGCAGCAUCAGGUCUAGCAUAUUCAGAAAACGAGCUCUUAAAUGAAAUAAAGUUGGAGAAAUUUGAAAAUGACAAUUGUGAAGAAAUAAAUGCUAAUUUUUCUUUUUCAUCAACGGAUGAUUCAGGUAAUGACGUACAUGGAUCACCAUCGACACCAGGAUCUAUCGACGUUUACAAAGAAACUAAGGAAGAUAAAGAACUAAGUAACGAAUUCUUCAAAAAGUACAAAACGGCAAUAAAGGGUAGAGGAAAUACUAGGAGAUCUUAUGAAACGGAAGAAGAAAGAACAUUGAGGUUGAAAAAAGAAGCUCUGAGAGCAAAAAUAAGGAGGUCACAAGAAUCUGAAGAACAAAAAAAACUGAGACGGAUGAAAAAUGCUCUUCGUGCCGCUUUCCGCAGACAAAAUGAGACACCGGACCAGAGGGAGUUGCGCAAGAGAAAGGAUAAACUACGGUCCCAGACGAGGAGAAAAGCAGAAACUGAGACAGAGACGAGAAUCAGAAGGUAUAACGAUGCGGUGCGAGCAGCAUUUCGCAGAAAUAACGAGACCCAGGAGCAAAGGAUGGAGAGAAAGAUGAAAGAUAUAAUAAGAGCCGCGAAAAGACGUAGCAUGGAGACGCCGGAACAGAGGGCGGACAGGUUAAGGAAAGAUAGGGAGAGGGCCAGUAAAAGAAGAAUGCUGAAGAGAAUCACUGAGCAGAUGACCCGUUUGGACGGCUUGUCGGAAUUAGGGCAAGUGCCUGCGCCUGUAAAAAUUGAUUUGGAGAACGGCUUUCAACCGCUAACUAUGUCCUCGAUUGGUACCAUAGCCACUCGAUGUAACGAAGCUAGCAAUAUGGACCAUCUCCAGCAAGUGUUGGAGUUCAUAGAGAACAACACCAGUAAAUCAAAUAAGAGAACUUUGAAAGAACCACCCGAAAUUAACCAUUUGGACAAAGUACCGCACACUGCCUUUGAAUCUACAGAGGUAGGUAAAGAACGUACAAAAAGUGAUGCUGUAAGCAACGGUAAUUAUCAAAGUUCAAAGAAAAUGUUAGAGCAAGGGUAUCAACUGACCGACGUUCUGUCUAAAGUUAGUGAAAAUGGAGAAAUGCCAGGUAUCGACAGUUUGAAGUACAAUCAAAGUGACGGUGCAGAAGCUGUGAACGUUUUACAACCGGAAGUAGUCUGGGUUUAGGCAAUGGACGUUUUAGGAAAUAGUCAAUUUGUUGUUUGUACAUAAGAGUUAUAGUUACAUGUGUGUAUAUUGAAUUUUUUAUUUCAGGCGUUUUAUGCCGUUUAGAUAGAAAAAAAAGAAGGUUUUUGA